UUUUAUUUUUUUUUUUAGAUAAUAAAACACGCAUUGAGCUUCCUUUAGAGCUUCCAUCGGAUCUGGAGUUGGAUACCGCUUACGAAUCGAACGUGGACGAGGCGUUCUUGGCAACAACAGGAUGAGCGCCACCACACAGGAGUUUUGCGUGAGAUGGAACAGCCAUUUGGGCAGCAUUGGUGCGGCCUUUCCACAGCUGUUAGCUGGUCAGAGAUUUGUGGAUGUGACACUAGCCUGUGAGGGGCAUCAGGUGCAUUGCCAUCGCCUGGUGCUGGCUGCCUGCUCCACAUACUUUGAAGCCAUAUUGGCUGAGAAUCCGUGCAAGCAUCCGGUCAUCAUAUUGCCCAGCGAGAUCAAACUGUGGGAGAUCCAGGCGCUGGUCGAUUUCAUGUACAAGGGUGAGGUUAAUGUGACGCAGGCUGGAUUGGGCCAGCUGUUGCGCUGCGCUGAGCAGCUGCGUAUACGCGGCCUCUAUGGCUCCGAGGCGGCCAUCAACUACAAGCAGCUGCAACAGAUGCGCCAGGAGGCAGCGACGCAGGAGUCGGCAGCUCCUCUAAAGCAGGAGCAACAGCAGCAGCAGCAGCAACAACAACAGCAACAACAGCAACAGCAACAACAGCAGCCACAUCAACUGGACAGCACUGAGACGGAUGACACGGCCACCAACUCGACGACAUCGACAACAACCACAAGCACAACGGCGCUAUCCGCCAAGCAGCAGCAGCAACAAUUGCUACUGCAACAGCAGCAACAGCUGCAGCAAAAGGAGCAGCGCCAGCGCCAGCAGACAAAUGGCAAUAAUACUCUUCAAUUGCAGUUGCUGCAACAACAACAGCAGCAGCAACAACAACAACAUCAGCAGCAGCAGCAGCAGCAGCCGCAAACAAAUGCUGGCUCCUCGGCGGCUGCUUCGAACAACUCGAAUGCACCGACCGAAGAUGAUUCGGCUGAUGAUGCUAGCAACAAUUGGAAUGUUUAUAGCGAACACUACGAGGACUUUGCCGCGGCCAGCGACAACAAACUGAAUGUGCAGCUGGUAUUGCAACAGCAACACCAGCAGCAACAGCAACUGCAAUUGCAGCAUCAUUUGGACUCCACCAUUGAGGACGAUCACAAUUAUGUGGCCGCCCAUGAUGAGGACAAUGACAGCAGCGGCUUUGCCGGCACCAUGGGCAGCUCCAGCGGCAUUGUUAGCAAUGUUGCUGGCCUUUCGCUCAGCAUGGACGCUGAUUUGGAUACCUCGGCAAACACAUCCGGCUCAUCGCUAAUGCACAGCUCCAUCGAUGGCUAUACAUCGUACAAGCGGGUGCGACGCUCAGAGGCCUCGCUCGCCCAGGCCGCCAAAUGUGUGUCAAAGGGCGAAACAUUUCAAACGGUCAGCAAUAUGUUCAAUAUACCCGUCUCAACCAUACGCUUCUAUAUGGCACGCAAGGGCAUAUUGCCGAAACGGAAGCGCGGACGUGGCGCCUCCCACGCGGGCACCACCAUUACCACAACCAGCACGGGCAAUGCAGCUGCCGCUGCGGCAGCAGCAGCAGCAGCGGCGGCGGCCACUAUGGCGGCGGCCACCACAUUGGGCAGCUUAUCGACGGCCGGUGCGCAUCAUGUGUCGCAUCACUUGCCACUGGAUGCCAUACAGCUAAAGCGACUCACAAAUGCCAGCAGUGGUGGUGGCGGUGGCGGUGGCAGUGGUGGCGCUGCCAGCAGCCCCUCAGGAGCAACUGCAACAGCAGCGGCAGCAGCAAUGGCAGCAGCAGCAGCCGCCUCCUCCUCGCCACGACUGGAGGUGGCCACGGCGGCAGGUGUGCCCUUUCAUCUGCUUAGCGAUGCGGCGGCCUUCAAGCUGAGCGAACAGCAGCAGCAGGCGCACAUAAUCUAACCAUGAGGUUGGCUUCGCUUGCAUUUAAAACCACAUGUGAAACGAGAGAGUGAGCCAAACAUUUUACCAAGCUCUGCGCGAUGCAGUUCAUCCAGCUUUGUGGCAUCUACGGUAAACAAUGGACAAUCCAAGCUCUCGCUAACAGCCGGAACAGGCCAGAAAUGUGUCUGUUGAGACGUUUACUCAUUGCUUAAGUGCAUCUCAAAAUCACACACACACUCACACUCACAUACACACACACACCUGCACACUCAUUGCGUAGUCGCUUUAAAAGCAAACCUUCCUUCCCUCCCUUCCCCACAUUUGUUCCUCCAAAUGCUGACGUUGAACAAUGAAUGAUCUGCAGUACAGUUAAAAGCUAUGCAUAUAUACUAAUAAUUCUGAACGUAUAUCCUAGUUAUACAUAUA